UUACUCCAUUUCUGUGAAUCAGUUGAGGAAGAGAAGACCAAAUAUAAUUUGACCCAUUUGGCCAUUUCUUCCUUUUCCCACACGAACACGAUUCCCAUUAUUUUUUUUUUCGAUUGAACUUUCAGAAACAGGUUUCUUGGCUUUGGUGGCACCGCGAACUUGGACAUCUCUGGCGCGAAAUCUGCUUCUGGUUCUGGGGCUGCUGUUUCGUAUUCUCUACCUCUGCUAUUUUGUCUGAACCCAAAUCUUAUCUGAAUUCUUCUCGUGGUUUUUGCUGAGGAGUUUCCCUAUCGCUCAGACAACUCGGAGCCACAGAGUUGCAUAACCAUGCAGGGGAGAGAAGAUGAAUCAGAUAACAAUUUUAAGUUGCUGCCUUCCCCUUCUCCUGUUGUAGCAGUAGCUAUCAGUGGGAAGAGAAACAGUAAAUAUAUAAUAAGAUGGUCAUUGGAGAAGUUUGUACCUGAGGGCAUCAUUAAUUUCAAGAUGUUACACAUCAUCCCAAGGAUUACUUCUGUCCCAACCCCAACAGGGAAUCCUUGGCAGCGGAUCCAGUAUUUGAAAAGAAUGGCACUUGCCUACACACCGAUCAUGGGAAACUCGAUUCCUCUUUCACAAGUUCGUGAUGAUGUUGCUGUGGCUUAUAGGAAAGAAAUAGGGUGGCAGACAAGCGAAAAGCUUCUUCCAUAUAAGAAGAUGUUUACUCAAAGAAAGGUUCAACUCGACAUCGUGACACUUGAAGCGGAUGAUGUGGCAAAUGCAAUAAUAGAAGAGGUUACAAAGUGUUCAAUCAGCAAGCUUGUUAUAGGAGUUUCAUCACAGGGAUUUUUCUCAAGGAAACUGAAUGGUCUAUCCUCAAGAAUAUCAGCUCUUGCACCAAGAUAUUGUACAGUCUAUGCUAUUUCAAAAGGAAAAUUAGCCUCAAUACGGCCACCUGAUACAGAGACAAACGUGAGCAUCAAAGAUAACAUGAGUGAAGCAAGUUCAGCGAAUAGCUACUCAAGCUAUACUUCUAGCUCUCCUACAGAUGGCGGCUCAAGCUUAGUGACUUCCUACUCUCAUUUUCAUUCUCCUUCCUCUUCCCUACCAUUACAACGAUUUCAAGCUCUUUCAACCAUCAACCAACCUUUUCUUACGACGAAAACAAACUCCAUUAAAGGCAGUCAUUCUAGAUGUCAGUCAACUCAGUCCAUUGAGAUUGAGGAGCAGGUGGAUGGCAUUCGUUCCUCUUCCUAUGCUUCAGAUUGUGCACAAACAUUGAGUCGGGCCUCUAGUUGUAGGAGCUUGCCAACCGAUAGCCAGUCUUGGGUUUCUGAUGAAGCUUCCUCCUCGGGCGCAUUCAAUGAUUAUUCUUCAUGUGAAAGCCAGGCGGACGUCAACUUUGAGCUUGAAAAGUUGAGAAUCGAACUUAGACAUGCGAGAGGAAUGUACGCAAUUGCUCAGCGAGAGACAAUCGAUGCAUCCCGAAAGCUGAGCCAUCUAAAUAAACAACGAUCCGAGGAAGCUAGGAAGCUUGAGGAGAUCAAAAGUAAAGAGAAGGCUGCUAGAGAAUUUGCGAGGGAAGAGAAAGCGAAACAUGAAGCGCUGAGAAGGGAAGCGAUAGAUGUUAAAGAACAUGCCGAAAGAGAGGGCAUCUAUAGGAAGGAAGCAGAGACGAAAGCCCUUCAAGAUGUCAAAGAGAAGGGCAAGCAUGAGAAUGCUCUUCAAGGACCUCUUCAACAAUACCAAUAUUUUCAGUGGGAAGAUAUUGUUUCUGCUACAUCAUCUUUCUCUGAGGAUCUAAAGAUUGGAAUGGGAGCAUAUGGAACAGUUUACAAGUGCAGUUUGCAUCAUACAACUGUAGCAGUGAAGGUUCUUCACUCUAGAGAUGGUCAAAAAAAUAUGCAAUUUCUUCAGGAGCUUGAAAUCUUGAGCAAAAUUCACCAUCCCCAUCUGCUGCUCCUCCUUGGUGCGUGUCCGGAUAAGAGUUGCCUGGUUUAUGAGUACAUGGAGAAUGGUAGCUUGGAGGAUCGGUUGUUCCGAAGAAGCAAUACUCCUGCAAUCCCGUGGUACGAGAGGUAUCGAAUUGCUUGGGAAAUAGCCUCUGUGCUUGUCUUUCUACACAGCUCGAAGCAAAAACCGAUAAUCCACCGCGAUCUUAAGCCAGCAAACAUCUUACUUGACCAAAACCUCGUGAGCAAAAUCGGCGACGUCGGCCUUUCUACAGUGUUUAGUUCAGAUCCUGCUAUGUCUACCGCAUUCAAGGAUAGUGGACCAGUUGGGACUCUAUGUUACAUAGAUCCCGAGUAUCAACGAACUGGAUUAAUCUCACCUAAAUCUGAUGUGUAUGCUUUUGGAAUGGUGAUCUUGCAGUUAAUAACUGCAAAACCAGCAGUAGCACUAACCCAUGUGGUGGAAACAGCCAUUGAUAACUGCACUUUACUAAAUAUUGUGGAUAUUGAAGCUGGGAACUGGCCCGUUGAAGAGACAUAUGAAUUGGCGAGAUUAGGACUUCGGUGCGCGGAGCUGCAACGUAAAGAUAGGCCCGACUUAAAGGAUCAAGUACUUCCUGCACUGCUGAGAUUGAAAGAGGUUGCUGAUGAGGCUCGCAAUUCGGCCUCCAAAGUUCCAGCUGCGACUCCUAACCAUUUCAUCUGCCCAAUUCUUCAGGACUUGAUGGAUGACCCUUGUGUCGCAGCCGAUGGUUACACAUACGAUCGUCGAGCGAUACAGAAGUGGCUUCAAGAGAACAAUCACUCACCGGUGACGAAUUUGCCGCUGCCAGAUAAGAUUUUGAUUCCAAAUUACAGUCUUCUCUCUGCAAUUGUUGAGUGGAACUCCAGAAAACGCUAAAACCAWCCUCCAUUUUUAAGGCUUGGACUGAAAUUAGCAUGUGGAGUCUUCRGAAGCCACAAUUUACCAUGAAUUUCUUUCCCCAUUUAUCUUUCUUAGCCAUUAUAGGAAACCUUGACUUACAAAGAAAGGACAUGAUCCUAAAGUAGGAAAGUUAACCAUAGAAAAAUUAAUUAUUAGAUGAAAUAUGGUGUCAUAUAAUGUAAAAUUCAGUUUUGUUUUGUUUUCCUCUUUUUUGUAGCAAAUGUAUACAUUUUGUAUAGUGUCGUAUAGGUAAGUCGGUUGAGAUGUUCUCGAUUGUAAUUUUAUGAUCAAGCGAUCAAGUAGUUUUUUUUUGGGUAAGUUCAACAAUAUUUGGGGGUGUGGAUUCGAAGUGUGAUUCUUGUAAUAAAUAUGAAUGUUACAAAGUCAUGGAAGAUCUUAUUUGUUUCUCA